AUGGCCGCCACCACUUCAAUUCUGGUACAUAUUGACGAAGAUGUUGGCAAUGAUGACCAAACCGCAACUGGAACAGAAUCUUCACCUUUUAAGACUCUAGUAUAUGCUUUCCUCCAACAGCCGCCUUCAACACCCGAUAUUCAAUAUCUGACACGGAAAUCAGUGACGGGUCCUGUCAAUGAAGGAGAAGACCCUUCCGUGCGAUUGGAAUGGAGGCCCGCCACCAAAUCCGCGCUGAAAAAGGCCAACAACCUAUACGAACAACGGAAGAAGAAAGCAGCAAAGGAGAAGGAGCUAGCCAUUCGGGAGAAAGAUGAGAUAGAAAAGCGGAAAUUAGUUCUCGAGGAGGCUAAGAAGGUCAUCAUCAAGGAAGAUGAGUCGCUGCCCAAGCCACUCAAGAUCAGGCUGAACGAGACUGACCCCGCGAAAAUCAAGCUGAGGCCGAGCGAUGGCGAUGAGAUCCCUGGCACCCGUGUUCGCGUAGUAGGGCGAGUUCAUCGUCUGAGAUCGCAAAAGGAUAUGAUGUUCGUGACGUUGUCAGAUGGAUAUGGGUUGUUACAAUGCAUUUUCACGGGCGAUCUAGUCAAAUCAUACGGCGCCAUGACUCUAACGCUAGAAACAUCGAUUGCAAUCCAUGGAGAAAUGCGAGCAGUACCGCCGAAGAACCAUGCGUAUGAUGAUCGCGAACUCCAUGCGGACUUCUUCACUAUAAUUGGUCGUGCUGCCGGUGACAAGGAGGCUAUUACUACCCGUGUUGCUCCUGACUCCGAUCCCCACACCCUCUACGACAACAGGCAUCUUGUGCUUCGAGGUGAGACUUCAUCUUCUGUCAUGAAGGUCCGUGCAGCGACUCUGAGAGCCUUCCGAAAAGUGUUCGAAGAAAAGGGUAUUUUAGAAGUCACGCCGCCGUCGAUGGUGCAAACUCAAGUUGAGGGCGGCAGCACCUUAUUUGAAUUCGACUAUUAUGGUGAAAAGGCCUAUCUGACCCAAUCUUCGCAACUGUAUCUCGAAACCUGUCUCCCAUCCCUCGGCGAUGUAUUCUGCAUCUGCCCAUCCUUCCGUGCAGAGAAGUCUCUCACCCGACGCCAUUUAUCCGAGUACACCCAUGUAGAAGCUGAACUCGACUUCAUCAGCUUCACCGACCUUCUCGACCACCUAGAAGAUAUGAUCUGCCGUGUUAUCGAGGUCGUUCUUUCGGAGCCAUUGAUUGCGCGAUAUGUAAAGCAGCUCAACCCCAAAUUUACACCACCGUCGCGCCCGUUCAAGCGAAUGAAAUACUCUGAAGCAAUCGAGUGGCUUCGUGAACACGACAUCCUCAACGAGGAAGGAAGUCAACACACAUUUGGCGACGAUAUUGCUGAAGCCGCGGAGCGGAAAAUGACAGACAUGAUGAACAUGCCAAUCUUCCUCACCCAUUUCCCUGUGGAGAUUAAGGCCUUUUACAUGAGAAAGGACCCCGAGGAUGCCCGCGUCACGGAGAGUGUGGAUGUGCUUAUGCCGGGUGUUGGCGAGAUCGUGGGUGGCAGUAUGAGGAUGGAGGACUGGGAUGAAUUGAUGUCGGCUUAUAAACGGGAGGGGAUGGACCCAUCACCGUAUUACUGGUACACUGACCAACGCAAAUAUGGCACCUCGCCACAUGGCGGUUACGGCAUUGGACUUGAACGGUUCCUAGCAUGGAUGUGUGCGCGUUACACCGUUCGUGAAUGCUGUCUCUAUCCGCGCUUUACUGGACGGUGUACACCAUAA